AUGCUCGAUCCGGACUCCUCGUACGACGACAGGGCCCGGCGCCAGCCAGUCCGCCCGCUCGUGAUGGCGUCAGCCUCCGCCCAAAACACGGCUGCGACUCGUCUCGGCCGAGACGCUGCCCUAGUCGUCGCGGGAAAACGCACGAAACGCACGAGGACGAGCGAGCCCUUUUCCCUCGCCCCGGCCCCGCGUCGUGCUGCCGACGGAAGCGACCUGGGGAUUGCGGCACGCUUCCUCGUCCUGCACUGCGCGUGCGCUUGCUGUGCUGUGCUGCGCUGUGCUGUGCUGCGCGGCAUCGUGCAGUUAAUUGCUAAUAAGUCGCUGCUAGUGGCGGCGUCGAGCACUCGCGGGGCGCCAUCUUCACACACCUCCGCUGCUCCUUCGGGCGGCCGCAGAGGAGCGGCGGUUGUGCGUACAACUACGAAUGAGCACUGUACAUGUGCGUACGCUACACGCACCCGCCGUCACCGACUAUCCUCGUCCCGGACGCCGUUCGUCGCCACUGCCACUGCCACGGCCACGGCCACAACCAACUGCCACGGCCACGGCCACGACCAGGCAGCGACCGCCUACGACUCCUCCAUAGUGCCGGCCGAGGAGGUACGAGGCGGCAGUCGACCUCUCCACCCACCCACCACCACCACCCUAAGGCCUCCCAUCUUCUCCUCUUCCUCCCCAUCAACCACCAACUCGUCCUCGCCGCCCGGCUAUCCGCCGACUCCUCACCUUCCGACCGCCAUCGACCAACUCUCCUCCUUCAUCUCCCGGCUCGCCAUCCCCCCGCACGCCAUCGUCCAUCCGCCAUCCACCCUCGACCCCUCGUCGUCCUCUAGGAACCCUGCUCGGGGGCAGAAUGCACAACCUGCAUCGCCUUCCUUGAUCAAGAAUCGGGGGCGUACAUCCAUCCAUCUGCUCACUUGCCGCUGCCGUAGCCAGCAGACGCAGACGCAGACGAGCUCGACAGCUCAUCGUGAGUCUCCCACUCCCCGGCCCUCCCCCCGCCAAAAAAGGCCCCCCCGUCAUCUGUCGAUGCAAUCUCCCAUUCGUCAUUGCCUCUUUCCUCUCCUGCUGCUGCUGCUGCUGCUGCUGCUGCCGCCGCCGCCGCCGCCGCCGUUACUCCCUCCCCUCCUCCUGCUGCUGCUGUUAUUGCCGCUGCUACUCCUCCUCCCGCUGCUACUCCUCCCGCUGCUCCUCCUGCUGCUGCUCCUCCUCUUGCCGCUCCUCCUUCUCCCGCUCCUCCUCCGCUCCGCCAUGACGGACGUCAGCAUGACCCGAUCCGACUAUCGCGCGCUGGCCGACGUAGCAACGGUCCACCGCUGA